AUGGCCCGGCGCAGCGCCCUCUCCAUCCGCAUCGUGGAGGGCAGGAACCUGCCCGCCAAGGACAUCACGGGGAGCAGUGACCCGUACUGCAUUGUGAAGAUCGACGAUGAGGCCAUCAUCAGGACUGCCACGGUGUGGAAGACGUUGUCCCCGUUCUGGGGGGAGGAAUAUGAGCUGCAGCUCCAGCCGGGUUUCCACAGCAUCUCCAUCUACGUCAUGGACGAGGAUGCUCUCAGCCGUGAUGACAUUAUUGGGAAGGUCUGCAUCACCCGGGACAUGCUGGCAGAGCACCCUAAGGGUAAAGGAAAGAGUGACUGGGGGGUCCCAGGAGGGCCUCAUCUCCCACCCUUUGGACAAGCUGGUCCUGAGGGGUUCCCCAAUGACCCUUUCAUGGGGAUCCCCCCUUUUCCCACAGGAUACAGUGGCUGGAUGAGCCUCAGCGAGGUGGACCCUGAUGAGGAGGUGCAGGGGGAGAUCCACCUGCGGGUGCAGGUCCUGGGCAGCCAGGGCAGCCGGCGGCUGCUCUGCUCCGUGCUGGAGGCCAGGGAUUUAGCCAGGAAGGACCGGAAUGGUGCCUCCGACCCCUUUGUCCGCCUGCGCUACAACGGGAAGACACAGGAGAGCACCGUUGUCAAGAAAUCCUGUUACCCACGCUGGAACGAGACCUUUGAGUUCGAGCUGGCUGAGCCCGCUGGGGAGAAGCUCUGUGUGGAGGUGUGGGACUGGGACCUCGUUGGCAGGAACGACUUCCUGGGCAAGGUGAGCCCCAAACCCUUCCAGUGCUGCCGGGGUCCUGCCCAGCUGCACACUCAACCCUCUCCUGCCUUCCCCUCCCAGGUGGUGUUCAGCAUCCAGGGGCUGGAAGCAGCUGGGCAGGAGGAGGGGUGGUUCAGGCUGUGGCCAGACAAGUCCAAGCCAACAGAGAACGAGCGCCGAGGCAGCCUGGGCUCGCUGCAGCUGCAGGUGAAGCUUCGGGAUGAGACAGUGCUUCCCUCCCACUGCUACCAGCCCCUGGUGCAGCUCCUGUGCCAGGAGGUGAAGUUGGGGCGCCAGGAUGGCCAAGUGCACCUGAUCACUCUCCUGGACGAAACCACCACAGCUGAGUGCCGGCAGGAGGUCGCCAUCAACUUGGUCAAGCUCUUCCUGGGCCAGGGGCUGGUCAAGGAGUUCCUGGACCUGCUCUUUGAGCUGGAGCUGGCCAAGCCAUGUGAGCCCAACACUCUGUUCCGGAGCAACUCUCUGGCCUCGAAGUCCAUGGAGUCCUUCCUCAAGGUGACAGGAAUGCCAUACCUGCACUUUGUCCUGGGACCCACCAUCACCCGUGUGUUCGAGGAGAAGAAAUACGUGGAGCUGGACCCCGGCAAGGUGGAGAUCAAAGACGUCGGGUGCUCGGGGCUGCACCGGGUGCAGACGGAGGGCGAGGUGAUCGAGCAGGGCCGGCAGCACCUCCAGUCCUACCUGGGCGAGCUCCUGGACGCCAUCGUCAGGUCGGCCCCGGCGUGUCCCCCCCUCAUCCGCGCCGCGUUCCGCCAGCUCUUCCAGCGCGUCGGGGAGCGCUUCCCGCAGCACCAGCACGCCAAAUUUGUGGCUGUCACCAGCUUCCUGUGCCUGCGCUUCUUCUCGCCGGCCGUGAUGACCCCCAAGCUGUUCCAGCUGCGGGACGCACACGCCGACGCGCGGACCAGCCGCACUCUGCUGCUGCUGGCCAAGGCCAUCCAGCUGGUCGGGAACAUGGAGCCGGCGGCCGGGCGCGCCAAGGAGACGUGGCUGUCACCGCUGCUGCCCGCCCUGCAGCAGGGCACCGCCCGCAUGAGGGACUUCAUCACCCGCCUGGUGGGCACGGAGGAGGACAAGGGCGAGGAGGAGGGUGAGGGGCGGCCGCUGGGGCCCUCCCCGGCCGUGGUGAAGGAGGGGCUGCUCCUUGUGCACAAAACACGGGGCAAGGGGCCGCUGCUCGCUGCUGCCGCCGGCAAGAAACUGCACUUCUGCCUCACCGGCGAGGCGCUCGGCUUCGGCAAGAGCCCCAGUGCAGAGCGUAUCGGUGCCAUCGCCCUGGGCGACAUCCUGGCGGCCGAGAAAGUGGAGGAGAAGAGCUUCGGCAGCUCCCACGUCAUGCAGGUGGUGUACACGGCCCCGGGCGGGCAGCAGGAGACAGCCUACCUGCAGUGCAAGUGUGUCAACGAGCUGAACCAGUGGCUGUCAGCGCUGCGCAAGGUGUGCGGCAACAACCCCCGCGUGCUCCGCUCCUACCACCCCGGCGUGUUCCGCGGGGACAAGUGGAGCUGCUGCCACCAGCGGGACAGGACAGGGUUGGGAUGUGACCGGACCCGGCACGGCGUCACCCUGCAGGACUGGAGUGACCCCCUGGACCCCACGGUGGAGGCUCAGCGCCUCUUCCAUCACCUGCAGGGCCUCCGGGGGACCCUCAGGGAAAAGUACUGGGAGCUGCUGGAGCCAGAGGAUGCCCAGAACGGCCCCCGGGGUGAAGACGCUCCCCUGCCCGAGGGGCUGAGCCGGCUCUUCGCGGUGCUGGGGGACCUGGAGAGUUGUCACCGCCGGGCGCAGCCCCCGGAGCCCCCGGCCCCGGCCCUGCUGCAGCUGCAGACGUGAGAGAGCCGGGUCCUCCUGCCUCGGGCACGGCGGCCAUGGCAAUAAAGGCACUUUGUACCCUG